CGACGAUCACACAAAAGCCCCACAGUAGCUCAGCAGCCUCGGUUAGUUCUGCAGGACCUUCAGUCUGUCUGCACUGUCCCAGUCUCGCACUAAAAGGAGCCGCACACAUAAACAGAAGACAACAUGGGCGUGGAAGGCUGCACGAAAUGCAUCAAAUACAUGCUCUUCUUCUUCAACUUCAUCUUCUGGUUGGCCGGAUGUGUAAUCCUGGGUGUGUCUCUUUGGCUCCGUCAUGAUGCAAAGACCAGCACCCUCUUGACCCUGAAGUAUGAAGAGACAGAGGCACCCAGCACCUUCUAUAUCAGUGUCUACAUCCUGAUAGCAGUUGGUGCUGUGAUGAUGUUUGUUGGGUUCCUCGGUUGCUAUGGUGCCAUCCAGGAAUCUCAGUGCCUGCUCGGAACUUUCUUCGCUUGCCUGGUCAUCCUGUUCGCCUGUGAGGUUGCUGCUGGUAUCUGGGGAUUUAUCCACAAAGACAAGAUUUCUAGAGAACUGAUCAGCUUCUACGACUCUGUGUAUGACAAAGGUGCUGUAGGGACUCUCAAUGAGGAGAAGAAGCAGGCUACAGAUGCUGUGCUGAAGGUCUUCCAUGAAACUCUACAAUGCUGUGGCAAGGAUGGAAGCACCGCACUUUUGACUAGCUGGAUGACCAGUCUAUGCCCUAAAAAGGAUCAUCUUCUGGAUUUUCAUCCUAACUGUCACACCCAAAUCAAAACACUCUUCAAUGAGAAGAUCUACCUGAUUGGCAUCGCUGCCUUGGUUGUUGCUGUCAUCAUGAUCUUUGAGAUGAUCUUCAGCAUGGUGCUCUGCUGCGGAAUCCGAAACAGCCCUGUGUAUUGAAAGCGCGUGGGGCAGAAGGGGCGGUGGGGGUGUGGCGUCUGAAGACACCAGCCAAUGAAGUGAAGGGAAGCUAUACUCCUGAUUUAAUUUUGUAUCUACCAUAAUUUUCCUAAUGUAGUCAGUUUGUUUUAUGGAACAAAUAUGAUUUUAUUUCCCUAGUGUGUUUUGUUGCUAUGAUACCGUGAUCCAGAUUAUAAAUGUCCCCAUCUGCAGUUGUGUAGGCUGUGUUCUCUCAUUGCCAGCUACUUAAUGGCAACCUUGACCACGUACACAAUGGCAGAUGGUGACAGUCAGUAAUUGCAUGCACACACACACACAUACAUAUAUAUAUAUAUAUAUAUAUAUAUAUAUAUAUAUAUAUAUAUAUAUAUAUAUAUAUAUAUAUAUAUACACACACGUGCACCCACACUAUUAUAAACUCAUUGGAUAUGUAAAUCCUAUCCUGAUUUCUGUAGUCUUCCUGUAUUAACAGUUAGGUGUAUUACUAUUGCAGUUUCUUUUAUUCUUUUCAUAUGUAUAUGUAAAAAAAAAAAAAAACUGUAUAUAUUUGCAGCCCUAUAUGACUUUCCAGCAUGGAUAUUGUACUAAAGAGACCUCCUUUUCCAAAUAUACGCUUGUCUGUUUGAAGUCUAUCACUGAGAACCAGUGUUAGCAAGAAAAAGAGAAAGAAGGUCAGAACAUGAAACAUACUGGAAAUGAAAAUGUCUUGCUCGUACCUUGGUGUUAGCCUCAGUACUUAAUGCAGUGUAGCCUUGGCUUCCUCUGGGCCAUCUGAUAUGGGCCAGCCACCUGCCAGCCCCAUAGCCAUUGCAAGCAUGCCCAUGUUCUGAGAUCUUCACUAAUGAAUGGAGUCUUUUAGAUGAAAGGAAGUCUUUACAUGUCCUCUAAUGCUCCCUUACCGAUAUUUCCCUGCAUGCUCUUCACAGAGGGUGGUUGGAAACCUGCAGAAUCCCAUGCUUAGCUUUCCCCUGCCUUCUGAACGCAGGCCAUCCCCACGCUCUGACUAACCCAAGCCAUAGCAAGGUCUUAUACACACCUCCCAGCCUUAUUGACCGAAUGUUCUAACCCGUAAAAAACUCAAGACUGCAUAUUUAGAAUGUCCUGUUGAUUCCUAGUGGAAUUUCCUACUCGUAUAUCGUACACUAUCUUCUCUAGCCAUUCGCUGGAAUGCUAUGCUUUAGAAAAAAAAUGAAAGGUGAUAGUUUUUUUUUAUUAUUAUGUUUUUUUGUUUUUGUUUUGUUUUUUUGUUUUCUUUUUUUUCAAAAUCCUGAUAAUGAUGCUUCUUUACCAAAUCUAAUGCUAGGAGUUGCUUGACAAUGUAAUGUCAUAGCUGUAAUGUGUCACAAAUCACUCUACUGAGAAUACUGUAAGGCUCUGAUGUGUGAGUGUGCGUAUGAUGUGUUGACAGUAGAGUCCUUUGGAAAUGGUCUAGUGGUUGGUGACCACUGCUGUAGUUCAUUCAGGAUCGGAAGAUGUUUUGACGAGCUCUGACUCAAAACCUCACUGCCACUCCUGGUGGCGGCAGCUGCUGUAAUACCUCUGCUGUCCACUAGGUGUCACCCAAAUGACAUUUAUUGGCUUAGUUUCCCAAGAGCAUGAUAGCAUCAACACUAUAAAAGCCACUUUUGUUAGCUGGUGAUCUUAACUCUUCGUUGUUUUUGGGAAACUCUUCCAGUAUCACUUUGGGGAAAAUGCACCUAAAUGGUAUUCACUAUUUGAUGAUCAUGCACUCAGUUGACAAUUCAAUUGACCACAUCUCACUUAAACCAACACAUGCACACACCACACAUUUUGUGUUUUCCUAAAUGCAAUCUGCAACCUCUGUCUUGUUAACACAUAAUGCCUAUGCUGAUAUGCUGAAAAGUGUCUUGUAAUAUGUACAGCUAUAUAUUAUUGUACUAAUGACUAUGUAAAGGCAAUGUAUGCCUUUUAUUGUGAUAUCUUUUUUUUUUCCUGGUACUUUGUCAAAAUAAGAGAAAGGAUGAGCAGAGAUUUCAGUUAAAGCGUGCCAGUCUUUUUGGAUCCCCAGUAACAGUUGUGAAUUACAUGAACUGAAACUAUGGAUUCAUAAUGCUCUUUUGCAUUUAAAGACCUUGCUUUUCUAUUCAGCAGGACCCAACCUGACAACUCUUACUCAAAUCUCUGCUCUGACUCACCAGUUAUAGUUUUUGGUUCGGUUUUGUUGCCCAAAUACUUAGGGAUUAAAUGUAUUUUACAAAUAA